ACCGCCUCGAAUCCUCCAGAGCCAAGUUCCUCCGCCGAGGACUGCUACACUUGGAAAUAUAGGAGAAAUUGAGAGUUGAUCUUGCAAUAUGAGUCUGAAAGUGCUGAUUCAGUUCAGCUUGACCGGGGGGGGGGAUGUAUAAGCUCAAUUUCAGGGAAAGGAGGGGGAAACUUGACAGAAGGCCCAAAUAGCAUUUCCUCCCAGUGGAAGCCCAGGGUGAGAUGUUCUUGGCACAAAUAAGAUGUUGCACUGGAAAGGAGUGUGAGAGCACAAGCUUUCAAACCAUGAUUGGUGUCAUAGUAGGGUUGCCAUAUUGCCCGGUUAGUCGGGUUUUACCCGGAUUCUAUGCAUGCCACCCGGCUAGCCCUUUAGGCGCCCGGCUAGCCCUUUAGGUGGCCCGGAUUCUCAGCUUUAAUUUUUUUAAAAAAUAAAGUUUCUAGGUGGUCCGGUUGUCGAGAUAUACAUAAAAACGUCAGCCGCUCCCCCCUGUUAAAUCUUUCUUUAAACAGUACUGUAUAGCACUUCGUAGCUUUAACCCCGCCCGUUCAGGAUUGCAGCCAAUCAGGGAUUGUGUUUCAGUUUCAUUGACCUUAGGCAGUGUCUAGAAAACAAAAUGGUGGUUUCACACACUGUUUAUCUGAAAAUCUCAUAAAUUGGUUUUCAUUCUUAUUGCGAACACCUCCAUCUGGUUUUUUCUUCCUCUCCUGCCUGUGGACACUGGACUGCUUUCUCUUCAAGCCUCCUUUCCUAGGCCAUACUUCUUCAGCCCUCUCUGCUCCUCUGUGACACUACAGCAGCACAGCCAGUCUUCGCCAGAGGCUUGACUGCCACAAACUCAUGGAGUAGCUGAAUUGGAUGAAUCCUGAUAUGACUGUUGCUACCUCAGCCCUGGGAGGCUCCUCAACAUGGGUGCUGGCGCUGCUGGGAACCCUUAUAGUGACUCUUCUUGGAGCAGCUCACAAACUGGGGCUGAUCUAUCAGCUCUGGCAUCAGGGAAGCCAGCACCAAAGAUGGCCUUUUCUGUUCCAGGUGGACACUAAGAGCACUCGGCAUGGCGGAGAAACUGUGGCAGAAGUGUUGAAAGCUCACGGCGUGCGCUACAUGUUCACACUGGUGGGCGGACACAUCUCGCCCAUUUUGGUGGCUUGCGAGAAGCUGGGCAUUCGUAUUGUGGACACGAGGCAUGAGGCAACAGCUGUAUUUGCAGCAGAUGCGGUGGCCAGGCUUUCAGGAACAGUGGGAGUUGCUGCAGUGACAGCAGGACCAGGAGUGACUAAUGCUGUUACAGCUAUGAAAAAUGCCCAAAUGGCAGAAUCUCCCUUGUUGUUGAUCGGAGGGGCAGCAGCCACAUUGCAAAAGGGCCGAGGAGCUCUCCAAGAUAUUGACCAGUUGUCCCUCUUCAAACCACUCUGCAAAUUCUGUGCUUCAGUGAAGACUGUCCGAGAGAUCACCCCUGUGCUGCGAAAGGCCAUGGCCAUUGCCCAGUGUGACACGCCAGGUCCUGUGUUUGUAGAGUUCCCUUUGGAUGUGCUGUAUCCAUAUCAUCUCGUAGAGAGAGAACUGGUCGAGAACGAUGCUUCCAAAAGCCUGUUGGGAAAGAUUGUUAACUGGUAUCUGCACAGUUAUUUGCGGAACCUGUUUGCUGCGGCAUGGGAGAUGCGGGACCUUUCACCCUUGCCAGUGAACAUGCCAAAGGCCACAAAGGAACAGGUGCAACAGUGUGUGGAGCUCAUCAGCCGGGCUAAGAAGCCAGUCAUCCUUCUUGGCAGCCAAGUGACCCUGCCACCAACUCCAGUAAAAAUGCUCAGAGAUGCUUUGGAAGAACUGGGGAUUCCAUGCUUCCUUGGAGGCAUGGCUCGUGGAAUGCUGGGGAGAAAUAGCCCACUGCACAUCCGCCAGAACCGGCGUGAGGCACUCAAGGAGGCAGAUGUGGUCAUUCUGGCAGGCACAGUCUGUGAUUUUCGUCUGUCAUACGGCCGUGUCUUAAGCAAGUGCAGCAAAAUCAUUGCUGUCAACAGGAACCAGGAGCAGCUGCUGAAGAAUGCAAAUUUGUUCUGGAAACCCCACAUGGCUAUUAAGGGGGAUGCUGGCUCCUUCCUGGUGCACUUGAGCCAAGACCUGAAGGGCUAUUCAUGUCCCCAGGACUGGGUGACAAGUCUGAAGGAGACCGAUUACAUGAAGGAGAAAGCAAACAGAGAGAAGGCAGAAAAACGGACAGAGCAGCAUCUCAACCCCCUGAAGCUGCUGCACCAUGUGGAUUUCUUGCUUCCUGAAGACAGCCUGCUGGUUGCCGACGGAGGUGACUUUGUUGCAAGUGCUGCCUACAUAGUAAAGCCCAGGGGGCCUCUGUCCUGGCUGGAUCCAGGAGCCUUUGGGACCUUAGGGAUCGGUGGAGGCUUUGCUUUGGGAGCCAAGCUCUGCAGGCCAGACUCGGAGGUCUGGAUCCUAUAUGGAGAUGGCUCUCUUGGGUUCAGCAUCAUGGAAUUUGACUCCUUUGUGCGACACAAGACACCCGUCAUCGCUCUGGUAGGUAAUGAUGCCUGCUGGAGCCAGAUUUCCCGGGAGCAAGUUCCCAUGCUCGGUAGCAAUGUAGCUUGUGGCCUGGAUUAUCUGGAUUACCAUAUUGUGGCAGAAGGCUUGGGAGGAAAAGGCUUCUUGCUCACCCGCCAGAAUGAGGAUCAAAUGAAUGAUAUUAUCAGGACAGCACAGUCUGAAUGUGGGAAAGGACGGCCUGUCCUCAUCAACGCUCUCAUUGGGAAAACAAACUUCCGUGAAGGCUCCAUCGCUGUGUAGGGGCUAGUUUAGGGUUACCGUGUGUGGGAUCUGGCUAGGCCGCAGAGCUUCUGCUGUGCAUGGAAGAGCUGGCUCAUUUGAACUGAUCCCAAGCAAAGGGCUCAUCAGCCCAAAGGUCUUACUUUUGUGUCGGCAGUCCUGGGAGCUGGGAUUGCUACCCCAUGCCUUGGCUCAUCAGGGCUUCUUGGGGUCUUUCUUUGUUAUAUGUGAUUUCCUCUGGUUUUUAACUCUGUUAUCCCACCGAGGACUUUGCUUGUGCUCCACCCCCACCAGUUGCACCAAGGGUGUUGUAUAAGGUGGACACAGCUAACCAAUUUCUUGGUGAAUCACUUUGACUUGCCUUGCUGGCAAUUUUCUUCCUUUUGGUUAUGUCUACAGGUUGACUUCACUAGUUGAUUCAGCUGAUGCUUUGGUUGCCACAGUCAGGACCAAAAAACACAUCCAUCCCUUAUUUUCCCAAGCACAUGUGCAUCCAUUUUAGGAUUUAGAUCAAGGGUGGGGAACCUUUUCUCCCCGCCCUCUGACAAGCCACAUUUGACAGGUGAGCAGAGCCACCCACCUGUCAGUCACCUGAUAUAGUGAUGUCAGGUGAUGGUGCGCUUUGAAGCCCUGAUUUGGGGGACUUGAAAGACCAGUGUAGGGCUUUCAAACAGCGUUUUCAAACAGCCCCAUGCUGCUCAGUUCUGGGAGGGAGAAGCUGUUUCCUUUAACAAUUGAGAGCUCACUUUAAGCUCCCAGUUGACUCUUUGAAGCCCUUCCCUUACACCUGACACUUACGUUACAUGCAGGGUAGGUGGGUGAUGCCUCCCAAAAAUGGCCUCGUGCCCAACAGGGAGGCCUAGAGGGCCAACUUUGGCCCCUGGGCCAGAGGUUCCUCAUUCCUGAUUUAGAUGCCUUCUUCUUCAACACAGGUAGAUAAUACUUGCUCUUUAAAACAGAUGCAAAAGUAAAUCUAUACUAUUCAGUUUGCAACUGAAAUUAAUCCUUACCUCUUCCUAGACUAGGAUCUCAGUUUUCCCAUUGGGCUUCAGAAGGCUCUUUUUGCUCCUACAGCUUUAGGAAUGCCCUUGCCAUUCUCAUGGGUCUAUGUGAUCAUCUGCUCAUGAUAGUUCAGCAAGACUGGCUGCAAAUUGAUGCCGGACAAAUAGAUAAUCCAGCAGUCUGAACCCCCCCCUUACAUUCCCUAGGGCCAUUUCGGUCUGUAACCUUGGUCCUGUCUCCACAACUACUUCCAUGCCACAGUAGUCGCUUAUGUGCUGAUAUAGGACAGAGUUAGGCCUGCAGUCAUUUCUCUCUUGGGCUGUAUCCCAAAUCUUAAUAAGUCUAGCUCUACCAUUUUGACAAACACUCUCAGGGAGGGGGGCAGCAGGCAACCUAUGAGGAAGUGUCCAGUAAUCCUCCUUGGACUGCAGUUCUGUCUUUGCCGCUGGCCCUUCAGAAAGAAACCACAAUGCAACCUUUUCCCAUGCAUUUAAUAAAGGGAUAGGCUUCUUACUACCUUUUGGAGUGUUGUCUGUUCCAGCUGUUGGUCUCUACUAGGGAGUGAUCCCCUUCCAUUAGUGAGUUCACAACUGCUCUUCCCCAUUUCUGUGGAACACAUAACAGGCCUGUUACCUCAGUGUCCUUGGGAAAGGGUUAGGUUUGGUUAUUAUUGGUUGAGAUUUUAAUAUUUUAAUGUAACUAUGUGUUUUAAUUUUGUAUGUCGCCCAGAGUGGCUGGAUUGCCAGCCAGAUGGGCGACUAAUAAAUUUAAUAAAUAAAUAAUAAAUAAAUAAAAUUCUUACAACACUGA